AGAAUCGAAGCAGUCAGGCUUUUCUCGAACUUGCUUCGAAUGAGGAUAAAACCGUCCAAGUUUACGUUCAAGAGCGUGCUCGAAGUCUGCAAUCUGACAGAUGCUGUGCGCUGUGGGAGGCAGAUACAUGCCCAUGUUAUAUUCAGUGGGUUUCAGGACGAUGAGUUCAUAGCAAAUGCGCUGAUCAACCUCUACUCUAAAGCACGAUCAGUAAAUGACAGUUUUAGAUGCUUCCAUAUGACACCCAAGCAAGAUGUCGUCACAUGGACAUCCAUGAUUACAGCUUUUGCACAUGAUGAAAAUUUUGAGAAGGCACUAGACUUCUUUAUAGAGUUUCUUUCUAUUGGAAAAGAGCCAGACCAAUUCGCUUUAUCUAGUGCGAUGAAUGCCUGUGCUGCUCUUAGUCUGCCAGCAACCUGUAAGCAGUUGCACUGUUAUACGGUCAAAUCGGGACUCGAUCAGUUCACUGUUUGUGGCAAUUCUCAGAUUGCUAUGUAUAGGAAUAUAGGUGAUGUUAAGGCUUCAAAGAAGACAUUUGACCAGAUUACCAUUCUGGAUACUUACUCAUGGUCUACCAUGGUUUUGACCUAUGCCGUCCAUGGCCAUGAAAAUGAGGCUCUAGAGCUCCUCCAGAAGAUGAAGGAAUGUGGCGUCAUAAUAGAUAAUACUGCUUUUCUUGCCGCUCUUAUUGCUUGCAGCCACCAGGGUCUGGUGGAUGAAGGUUUCAGGCAUUACGAGAGCAUGAUAUCAGAUUUUGGUUGUUCCCCAUCUGCGAAGCACAAAGCUUGCAUAGUAGACCUCCUUGGCCAUGUCGCCAAGAUGGCUGAGGCUGAAGAUUUCAUAAUGGGGUCUGGAUCAGAAAAUGACCCAAUACUCUGGCGUGCACUGUUGCGUGCUUGCAGAAUCCAUGGGGAUAAAGAGAGAGGUAUAAGAACUGGAGAGAAAUUAAUGGAUCUCGAGCCCUUUGCUGCUACCUCAUAUGUGGUGCUGUACAACCUCUACAUGGAUGCUGGCAAAGUCUCAUUAGCUAUGAGGACAAGAGGCCUAAUGAGAGAGCGAGGCGUGAGCAAGGAAACAGGGAUUAGUUGGGCAGAGUCCGGAGGGUCCAUCCACCAUUUUGCUGAUGGAGAUAGCUCCUGCCAACAACAGAACAAUGCAGUUCAGGCCAGAUUGGAAGACUUGCUGGUCAGGGUGAAACAGAGGACCGAGUGUGGCGGAACGGAUGUUUGGGAAUUAGGAUUCCAGAGCAGAAAGGCUGGCGAGAGCUCGCUCGGCAGACAUGGUGAACUACUGGCGGUGGCUUUUGGGCUGUCCACUUUGCCGCCUGCUGCUCCUGUAACGGUUAUGAAGAACCAGAGGAUAUCCCUGGAAAGCCAUGAAACCCUGAAGUUGCUAUCAGGGCAGGAAAAUAGGGGAAUAAUUGUCAGAGACCCGACUCAUUUUCAUCGUUUUGAUCAAGGUUCAUGCUCUUGCAGAGACUACUGGUAGUCAAAAGUGAUUUAUAACCUUUGGGACUACAGGCCUUAGAAGGGUCAGUGGAGCAGUUUGACCGUUUUUGUAGGUGAGAUCAAAACUGGUGUCUCACAGAUAACACAACUCUACAUGCAAGUAAACCAAGCCAGGGUAUCAUCAAGGAAACCCUGACAGGCUAUUGUGCUUGACUAUGCCAAACUCCAGCUGUGCAUCACUUUGCGAUCAAGAGCU